AUGGACGAGGGGCGGAUGCUGGGGGACGGGCGGGACGCGGGGCGGUCCGUGGCGGAGUGGCUGGAGGCGGACGAGGAGGAGGCGCGGGAGGAGACUGCGAGCAGCCGGCUCGAGGCGGACCCGCGGUGGGAGGACCGGGAGUACUCGUGGGCGGAGCGGCGGGACCCGGGGGGUGUUGAAGGGUAUGAGGCGGAGGCACGGGCGCCGAGCCGGGGGGCGUGGGACGGGGGUGUGGACCGCGAGCAGGGGUACGGCGACGAGGCGCGGGGGCCGAGGGAGAUCAGAUAUGACGAGGACGGAGCGAGAGACUCCGUUGGAGGGUUGCGGGGAGAUGGCGGCGAAUACCGGGAGCGAGCUGCCGAGCGCUCGCCGCCCGCCGAAGACGAGGACGCCCGCUGGCGGCCGGAGGAGCCCGUGCCGAGGCGGGACCGGGAACCGCGCGAGGAGGAGCCGCCUUCGCGGCAGGCAGCAGCGGCGGCGGCGGCAGCGGUGGGGUCGGCGCGGCGCGCCGCGGACUCGGUUCGGGACCGCGUCCGCGUCGUCGAGUCGGGCAUCUCCGGCAUGGCGCGGGACCGGAACGCGGAGGCGCUGCUCUCGGAGGGUCUCGGUCUUCUGAAAGAGGGGCGCCGGCUGGCCAACUCCCGGGGGGGACUCUCGGAGGACCCCGGGGCCGCGGAGCUCGCGCUGCGGUGCGCGGCUGCGUGUCUGGAGGAGGCGUCGCGCAUCGCGCCGUCGAACCGGGCCGCGGCGGGGAACUGGGGCAACGCGCUGUUGGCGCUGGGGCAGCUGAAGCUGCGCGUGGUGAGCGAGAUGAGGGCGGGGGGGGACGUGGGCGCGGCGGCGGAGGAGGCGGCGCAGCGCGUGGAGGGCGAGGCCUGCGAGCUGCUCGUGCUCGCGGGGAGGCGCUUCAGGCGCGUGCUGGAGCUCGCGGACGGCAGGGACGCGCGUGCGUUGUGCAACUGGGGCACCGCGCUGUGCCUGCGCGCCGCAGUGGCGACGGAGGUCGACCCGGGCAGCGCGAUCCGGCUGCUCGAGGCGGCCGCGGAGAAGCUGCAGGCGUCGAGCGACGCGACGGGCCCCACAGCGAGUCCACAGGAUGCUGCGCGACCCCUGCGGUUGCUCGGCACGACACUUCGGGACCUCGCCGCGCUCUACGCGGCAUCGGACGAUGCGGAGGAGGCCGUCGUGACGCUCGAGGACGCCGCGGGGUGCCUCGGCCGCGCGCUGGACAUUGACGGCAGCGACGAGGCAGCGGCGCAGGCGCUGGAGGACUGCGACAGGAUGCUGGAGGCGCUCGCAUCGCGGAGCUGGUGA